AUGCUCGAGAUUGGAAUAGAUCAUGCUUGGACCACCAAUGCCAGUCAGCGUUGCCUUUGGAAAAUGAAUAUUCUUCCAUCAGGAAUAAAUCCCAAUCGGCAGCAACUUAUCUUGGUUGGUAAGGGAGUAGUACUUGGGAGCAAUCCAGGGCUUUUAUUUUCUUUCCCGUGGCUAAAGAUGGACCCUAUAGAAUUUUUCAGUAGAAAUGACUCUGCAGUUGGCCUAGCAAAAUUUUUAAGGACUCAAAAGAUUCGAAAACUUCCACGAAAUUUCCGGUUUCUGACUUUCAUUUUGCGUAUUGAGAGCACCUUCUCUCAGAUUCACCCCUAA